CGCUAAAUUGGCUCAAAUAACCUUUAACCGAGCGAUACCCUUAGCGUUAUCCAUUGAAUCUAAUGUUGCAUUUCUACAACCAAGUUCACAUAUCUCUAUUUAGUUAGUCUCAUUGUUUCCGAUAUGCAAACACCAAUAUUAUCUUAUCAUUUUGACAUUAGUGGAAAUAUCUCGUUACGGAACACACGCCUGGACUAACCUGAUGUGAUGUGAAUCUUGCUUUAUUUAUGUGUACAAACAUGCAGUUUAAUUAUCUGGUGUGAAUUGGAUUGCAAUUUAUAUAUUUUAAGUUCGUGUAAGGUAUCGUUAUAAUGGGGGACAGCACGGAUAUACAUGAAUUAGAUAAAUUAAGCCCUUCUACUCGAAAUAUCAACAGAGCGAGCAGCAAUGCACCUGCAGACAAAUCUUCAGAGAAAUGGAGGCCAAUUCUCGAGCCAGCGUUGGUUGGUGCCAUGAUAGCAAUCAACCUGGGCCAGACUUCUUUACAAAACUUCUACUUACGAACUGCCUGUACUGUCGACUUACAAAAACCUGUGGAUAUUUGCAGUAAGGGCGUGGGCGAUGAAUUUAGAGCAGCCGAGGUGGCUAGCCAGGUGGUUGUAUCAAGUGUAAAUGUUAGUCGAAGUUUCAUAGGAUCUCUAAUUUCAACGGUGGUGCUUCUUUUCGUUGGUCCAUGGAGCGAUUGCAGCGGUCGACGAAAACCUUUACUCAUCAUGCCAUUAGUUGGGAUGUCAAUCAUGUCGACCGCUGUCUUGCUGAUGUUGACAUUCCCUGGAGCUUCCACAGUACAAGUUCUGUACGCUGUUCAAAUACCCAUGUCACUUGGUGGAAAUUUCGGACUCUUGUUAGCUGCGUCUUUCAGCCAUAUAGGUGAUUUAUGUCAUGCAACGGGCCGUGACGUCACACGCACGAUGGGCACCCACCGUGCUGCUAUUCAAAUAGCUCAUGUACUUGGUUCAGUUAGCGGGCCCUUGCUCUAUCGGCAAUUGGGCUUCUAUGGAGUCUUUCCUUUAGUACUGUUUUUACAGGUAUCUUCCCUAAUCUACGUGAUAGUUGCAGUAAAGGACGUGAAUGUUAACGUUGACAACAAAGUAUCGGUACUAAACUGGCGAUUACCAUUUAAUGCCAUCCACUGUUUGGUAAGGAAAAGGGAUGGCCAUAAGAGAAUGAUCAUAUUGUUGAUGCUGGUUGUAACACUUGGAGAUAGAAUGAUGUUGUCAGCGGAGGUGUUACUCUCGUACAUGUACUACAGAUUCAAGUUCAACUGGGACGACAUACUUUUUGGCUCGUUUCUGGCUUACAGAAAUAUUGUAAGCUUUUUCGGAACGCUGCUCAUACUAACGGUGCUAAAGCGCCGAUUCCGAUUCUCCGAUGAGAUGGUGGGAGUGGUCAGCUGCAUGUCCUAUGCAGUCGCUACGUCAGGCCUGAUCGCUGCUAGAAACACUAUCGUCGUUUUUAUAAUUCCAAUCAUCGGCAUCAUUUCACAAGGAUCUCAGGUUGUGCAAAGGCCGAUAAUCAAUAAACAAAUUCUUCCUACUGAACAAGGUAAAAUCUACAGCGUCCUGGGAGCGCUAGAAAGUGCGACCCAAACGAUCUCUUCGCCACUCUACUCCUUGCUAUAUUCAGCAACUGUCCCCACGCUGCCCGACGCCUGGCUCAUUCCAGGGAUUGUCCUCGCGUUAAUCCAACUACUAUCUUACUUCAGCAGCAGACAACUCCGCCUCCGCAGCCAAAAGAACGUCGGUGGAGAAAAAAUCGAAACCAAAAUAAAAACCAACGAUAGUGAAACCAAAAAAAUACCAAAUGAAGAAACCAAAGCUCUCAAUACAAAAUCAAAAGAAGAUGACGUAACAUGAUAUUAUGGUAUGGACUGUGGAGUAUCGAAUAAAAUGAAUUAUUUUGAA